CACACACUACGCAAACCUAACCCUGCACAUGCCCUUUUUGCGCAACCUCCCCUCCUCCCCACAACCACCAAAACAGCCAGGUCACACCCACGCACACCAACCUCGACUUUUCCGCGCUCGGAAAGACCCCAUACCCGCCGAGAUCCAAACACCAAGAUCGUCAGCGGCUGUUGACGGCCACCAUGGGCCAGCUAGGCACCUGAGGACGGUAGUAGGUCGUCAGGGAGAUGAACAAGGGCCAGAGGGCGUCGCAGCCGGCCGGGGGGAGCUCCUGCGCCUCGGCCGCUUCGGCACCCCUAUUCCAGAUGCCGCGGGACUUCAGCUGGGCUGAGAGGGUGAGCUGGGGCCCUCCACACGCCAUCAGGGAGGCGGAGGAGGUGCUGCAAUGGGACUAUGCAAUGGACAUGACGGGUGUCUGUUCACGCCUGUCUGUCUGUCUGAUUGUGUGUGCCAGUUUCCGAAGGCGAUUCCGGAGGGGAUGCAGGUGUGGGCGAGGGACGUGUACGCGAAGCCCGGACCCUUGUGGAAGAGGGCAAAGAUCAUCUUUGCCAGGCACACACACACAGACACAGACACAUAUCUGUAUAUGACGACCUUCCUGUGUGUCUGUUCACGACUGACCCUGCAGGAACCGCAGCGAGUCCAAGGGCAUUCUCAACUCCUCCUCGCCCACUGAGUACGGCUACGACUACUAUAUCCAUUGGAUCGGCAGGGACAGGUAGCUGAGCGACCGACCGACUGAGCGACCAACCUCUUUCUCUCUCUCUCUGCGCGCGUGUGUGUGUGUCAAGGCGUUUGGACUGCUGGGUUGGCGAGGAGAGCAUCCGUCAGCACGAGCCCGAGAUGCUGCCGGGCGAGAUGGUGGAGCGCGUCCCGCCCGCAGAGCACGACUCGGACCACGAGGGGCUCGACGAGGCCUACCUCACCGAACACAAUGAAAACACCAAGGUGGGGAAGGUGUGGUGUGGUGUGGGUGAGCAGACAGGCAUGGGCAUGCUAUGGUGCUAUGGUGCUGAUGGAAUGGCUGCAGCUCAAGACGAUCAACAAGAUGUGUAUGGGGAGGCACGUGGUGGACUGCUGGUACUUCUCGCCGUUUCCGGUGGUACGUAGUAGGUGUUUGUGGUAGAGGCCAGGCCAUCAGGCCAUCAUCACACAUGCACUGAUUGGCCGAUGGAUGGAUGGAUGGAUGGAUGGAUGGAUCUCUGCGUGUUGGUUGCUUUGGCAGGAGUACCAGAACAAAGAGGUCCUCUACGUCUGCGAGUUCUGCCUGGCCUUCUUCGGGUGAGCUCACCUUGCCCUCCCCCUCUCUCUCAUACAACCACAACCACAACCACAACCACACACAAUCACACCUUCCCACACUCGCCGCGGAUGUUGUGUUCACACACACACAGGGAGAAAGAGGAGCUGUUGCGGCACGGCAAAGGGUGCAGCCUGAGGCACCCGCCGGGCGAUGAGAUAUACAGGUGGGUGAAUGGGGUGGUGGGUUAGGGAGGUACACACAUCAGCGAGACACACGUUUGUGCGUUUGUGGUGCACUUCAGGGAGGGCAACAUCUCGAUGUUUGAGGUGGACGGGACCUACUCGCGGAUCUACUGCGAGAACCUCUGCUACAUCGCCAAGCUCUUCCUCGACCACAAGACACUCAAGUCCGCCCCUCACCCAGCCGACACACAUUGAUGGAUGGAUGUGUGGUUGUGUAGGCAUCAGGUGGGUCUGUUCAUCUUUUACGUGUUGACCGAGUACGACGAGCUGGGGUACCACAUCGUGGGCUACUUCAGCAAGGAGAAGUACUCCAAGAACAACCUAUCCUGCAUCCUCACCCUGCCACAGGUGACGUGACGUGACGUGAGGCAUGGAUGGAUGGAUGGACGGAUAGAUGACAGCCCUGCCCCACUCCCUCUCUCUGGUGCAUCAUCUCUCUCUCUGUGCGUGUGUGUUUGUGUGGAUGGAUGCACUGCAGCACCAGCGCAAGGGCUACGGCAAGUUCCUCAUCUCGUUCUCAUACGAGCUCUCCAAAAAGGAGAAGCUCCUCGCCGACCAAACCGCCGAAAACGGACUCAAACGCAGCAUCGGUAGGUACCUCUACCCUACCCUCCCUACCCUCCCCACCACUCCCCUUCUCACACACCCACAUCUCUCUCUCUCUGUGUGUGUGUGUGUGUGAGUGCAGGCGGCCCUGAGCGGCCCUUCUCGGACCUCGGCCGUGCCUCGUACAUGGCGUGGUGGACGCCCCGGCUGCUGACGGAGCUGCAGCGGCGCGUCAAGCUCGCCCGUGUGGCUCGCGAGGCGCGUGAGGCCAAGCUGCAGCGGCAGCACACCGGGGGCGGUGGGAGUGUGCGCGACGACGUCCCCACGAUAUCGAUCAAGGCCUUGUCGGAGGCCGUGUCCAUCAGCCAGGAGGACGUAUUCGACUGCCUCUGUCGCCUGGGCGUCCUCAGGGAAUACGACGUACGUAUGUGCGCAGCGCACAGAGAGAGGGAGAGGGGGAGAGGGGGAGAGAUGGCUGCACACACGUGUGUGUGUGUGUCUGUCCGUCAGGGUGAGAUGGUGUUCUUCAUCCCUGAGGACUACGUGAACGGUUUGCUGAAGCAGUGCGGGAAGGAGUUCCUGUCGGUCAACCCCGACAAGAUCCACUGGGCGCCCUACGAGCACUUCAUGGCGCCGUUCGAGUUCAACCCCAACGCAUAGAUAGCUAUUGGUAGACGGACAGCCCGAGGAGAGCGGUGUCGGCGGGGCGGGGGGUGAGGUGUGUCGUGUUGCCGAGAGGCAACGAAUUGCUUAGUUGUGGAUGAGCGUGUGUGUGUGUGUGUGUGUGAGGUGACCGUUGUCCUAUAUAUCGCUCGUUCGUUUCUAAGUGCGCAAAUGUGAUGUGUGUGGACGGACAUAUCUCGGUGCACUUUUUGCGUGGCGUGGCGUGGCGUGUGUGUAUGUGUGUGUCAUGUACCUUGGUGAACUGAGUGUGGUCAACGUGUGUGUUGCCUCGUUGCAAUGCAACCAAAC